AUGGAGUCAUCCGCCGCGGGGGGCGACACCCCUCCCCGGCCGUCGGCGUCCGCCGGGGCCUCGCCUCCGGCUCCUCCUCCCCCACCCCCGCCGCCGAGGGGGUGGCUCGCGGGUCUCGUCUCCGGCGCCGGCCGGAUCCUCGCCGCCGUGCUCGGGCCCGAGCCCUCGGCUUCCGGCUCCGGCUCCAUUUCAUCAGCCGCGGCGUCGGACGGGGACUCGCCGUCGGCCUCGUGCUCGCCGGUAUCGUACCCGCCUCCUGGCCCUCACGGCGAGGGUUGCAAUGACGCCACCGAUAACGGUGAUUCUCCAAUCUUUCCCCUGAGUAAUAAUCAGUCAAAUCAGGGUGAAAAGGAGACUGUUCUAAAAGACUACCCUGGGUCCCUAGCAAUUAUCUCUGAGAUUGAACCAAAGGAUGCCAUAAUGCAAUUGCUUAUGCAGGAGACCUAUUCAAGGUCUGAGUGCAGCAAGUUUAUAAAGAUAAUUCAAGAUCGGGUUUUAGACUCGGAUUCAGGUGAUAUAGAUGCUGGUGGGUUUGCUCUUACAAGUGCUCAGAAGGCUGGCAGACUAGCCGUAGAUGGAUACUCUUCAUUUAAUCCACAUGAAUCCUCACCUGCAACUUCUAGUCUUCAAAUGCAUGGCUGUGAUAAUAGUGCUGCUGUGGGCACAAUUCCAAAAUUUACUCAUACCAACCAAAGCCCUUUCAUCAACGAUGCUAAGAACAUAAACCCAGUUCUCAAACGAAAUUAUUCUGUUAGAGAGGAUGCAUAUGGGGAGAUUCGAAGAGUCAGGCCAAAGAUCAAUGGAAAUUCGUGGGACAUUUCAAAAUUCAAGCAAGUUGAUAUUAUUCGAAAUCAUCCAGCUGCAAAUUCACGUGAAGAGCUCACUGCCAGGGAUCCAAAUGCUUCCAGAGAUGGAAAGAAACUAUUAAACGAUAUUAUGGGAGCCAACAAUUUAACAUACCCUAACUUUAUUUCAAAAGUUGAAACUGCUGAUGAAAUAUUAGAUGUCCCCAAUAAACCUUCAGCUGUAACUCCACAGCUAUUUGAUUCCAGUUCUCAGCAAGCUGGUAAGGAACAAAAAGGUUUUGGUGCCACAACACUUAAUCAGUGUUCUACUGAGGACCUGAAGAAAGGCUUUGCUUUGAAGGUGGAGCCUUUGAAUGCAUUUAUUCCUUUCGAGCAGCAGAUGAUGGACUUAUCACACAAGAAGCAAGAGCAUGCUGCCUGUGACGAUUCAUGCUCUCUCUCAAAAUUAAUGUUGAAGGAGGAUAUUGAGGCUGCACCCAGCCUGCCGAUGGGCAUUCAAGUACAAAAUGGCUCCAAGAACCGCAGAAGGAGGCAACCCAACUUACAAAAGACCACACCAACUCCAACAAGGUCACCUGCAAAAGGCCCACAUCGAAAGAACAACGAUGGCAUAGUCAAAUCUGAGAUGGACUUGCUUGAGCAAAGUAAACUGGUACUGAUGGAACAACAACCAGAGUUGGGAGACGUUCCGGUGAAGAGACCUGUUGGGAGGCCCAGGAAGGCGAGGACUGGACCUAGCUCAGAUGAUCCGAGCACCCUGCUUCUUAGGCUUGAGUUCCGUUUGGCUUGA